CCGUCCCGCCGGUCCCUCCAUCCCCUCCGUCCCGCCGAGCCAUGAGGCACCUCGUCCUCCUGCUCUGCGCCACCCUGACCGGCUGCCUCGCGGCGCGGCUGGCGCAGACUGCGCCGCCGGCAGAGGCUGCGGCGCCGGCAGGAGCAGAAGGAGGAGAUGGCCCCACCGCCGAGCUGCCGGAGCGUGUGCCGGCAGCCAAGCCGCCGGUCAAGUUCAACCUCCGCUCCUCGCCGGACGCCGAAGAGGAUGGUUGUGCGCUCACCCUUGGCCACCACAACUGUUUGGAGGACUGCAAAUUCAACGUGACGGCGAAAACCUUCUUCAUCAUCCACGGCUGGACGAUGAGUGGCAUGUUUGAAACCUGGCUGGGCAGCUUGGUGUCUGCUCUUCAGGAGAGGGAGAAGGAUGCCAAUGUGGUGGUGGUGGACUGGCUGCCCCUUGCCCACCAGCUCUACACCGACGCCGUGAACAACACACAGAUCGUGGGGAAGAGCAUCGCCAGGCUGCUCGACUGGUUGCAGGAGAACCCACUCUUCAAGCUUGAGAACGUCCACCUGAUUGGGUACAGCCUGGGUGCCCACGUUGCUGGCUUUGCUGGUAACCAUGUCCAUGGGACAAUAGGCAGAAUCACAGGCUUGGAUCCAGCUGGCCCCAUGUUUGAGGGGGUGGACCCUAGCAAGCGCCUCUCCCCCGAUGAUGCCAGCUUCGUGGAUGUCCUUCACACCUACACGAGGGAGACGCUGGGUGUGAGCAUCGGGAUCCAGAUGCCUGUGGGCCACGUGGACAUCUACCCCAAUGGGGGAGACUUCCAGCCUGGCUGUGGUUUAAGUGAUGUCUUGGGAGCCAUUGCCUAUGGGACCAUCGGUGAGGUGGUGAAAUGUGAACACGAGCGCUCUGUGCACCUCUUUGUGGACUCCCUGGUCAACCAAGACAAGCAGAGCUUCGCCUUCCAGUGCACCGACUCCAGCCGCUUCAAGAAGGGCAUCUGCCUGAGCUGCCGCAAGAACCGCUGCAACGGCAUCGGCUACAACGCCAGGAAGACUCGCAACAGGAGGAACAGCAAGAUGUACCUGAAGACAAGGGCAGACAUGCCCUUCAAAGUCUACCAUUACCAGAUGAAAAUGCAUGUCUUCAGCUACAACAGCCUGGGAGAGGUUGACCCUACGUUCUCUGUCACCCUGCAUGGCACCAAUGGAGACUCUGAACCUCUCCCUCUUGAAAUGCUGGAUCAAAUUGGCCUCAACGCUACUAACACCUUCCUGGUGUAUACUGAAGAGGACAUGGGUGAGCUGCUGAAGAUAAAGCUCACCUGGGAGGGAACAUCUCAGUCGUGGUAUGAUCUGUGGAAAGAGCUGAAGAGCUACUGGUACCGACCUGUGAAGGCUCUGCAGGAGCUGCACGUCAGACGCAUACGUGUGAAGUCUGGGGAGACCCAGCAGAGGUUUGCUUUCUGUGUGGAAGAUUCCCAGCUAACCAGCAUAUCACCUGGUAAAGAGCUCUGGUUCGUGAAGUGCACAGAGGAAUGGCAAAAAAGAUCUGUCUCAAACAUGCUCUGAAGACUUCUCUAAAGACUCACAGCAGAGCAACCUAGAUGCAUGAAGACCACACAGGUGGCAAGAAAAAUCCAUCUUGGUAGCACUUAAAAGCAACUAACUCUUCAGGACAAACCAUCUUGGAUCAGAUGCAAGAAGCUGAGGAGCAACUGAUGUACUGUGGUCCUAGACCUAGAGUAACUAAUAACUAUGUUCACCCACCCCUAAGGAGCCUGGUUUGUGCAUUUAACCUUACCCUGCCCUCCUGCACGCUGUGUUUCCUGCCCUGCUCCCAUUAGCCAGGACUAUGGAUGAGAUCUUCAGAGAUCUGAGCCUCAACAAUGAUCUUCUGGUCUGCCUGCCAGUGGAGUUGAGAAGCCAACCAUCAGCCUGCUGGUGAUGGAGCUGCCAAGAACAAGCUAGCAUCUAACAUGGGAGUUACCAUGAGUCCUAUAGCACUAUGGGAAGCACAGGUCAAGUGUGGGGGGUUGUUCAGGGGAGGAAUGGGGAUAAGCACAAUGCCACUUAACUUCAAAUUGCCCUUUGCUUGCCUUAAAAGAAAAAUAAUCUGUUCUGUGUCUGGCUGAUACCAAAACCUCU